UUUCUCUUCUUUUCUUGGACUGCACAAUUAUUGUUGUAACUAUUGCUUACUCAAACAGACUCUCUCCUACUCUAACUCAUCGUUUUCUGCUAUUAUUAGCCUCACUCCAUUUUUUCCCUUUACCUUCACUGUUAGUUUGUUGUAGAAGGUCUGUGAAAGAGAGUUAUGGCAGGAGGUGGGGGAGCUCCGGCGCCUAAGAUUGAUGAGCCACAACCACAUCCACCGAAAGAUCAGCUACCAAAUGUUUCCUACUGCAUUACCAGUCCUCCUCCAUGGCCUGAGGCCAUACUUCUUGGGUUUCAACAUUAUAUUGUGAUGCUCGNUACAACUGUGCUAAUUCCCACUGCUCUUGUUCCCCAGAUGGGAGGUGGCAAUGAGGAGAAGGCAAAAGUUAUUCAAACUCUACUCUUUGUAGCUGGAAUUAACACAUUGCUGCAGACUCUGUUUGGAACUCGAUUGCCUGCAGUAAUUGGAGGGUCUUAUACUUAUGUUGCAACAACCAUCUCUAUUAUUCUUGCUAGCCGUUUCAGUGAUGAGCCAGAUCCUGCAGAGAAAUUCAAGAGGAUAAUGCGGGCAACCCAAGGUGCUCUUAUUGUUGCAUCAACUCUUCAAAUAGUACUAGGUUUUAGUGGGCUUUGGCGUAAUGUUGCAAGGUUCUUGAGUCCACUUUCAGCAGUUCCUUUGGUAUCUCUUGUUGGUUUUGGGCUUUACGAGCUCGGCUUUCCUAGUGUUGCUAAAUGUAUAGAGAUUGGACUGCCGCAGCUCAUAUUGCUAGUAUUUGUUUCACAGUUUGUACCCCAUGUUCUACAUGCAGGAAAACAUGUCUUCGAACGGUUCACUGUUUUAUUUACAGUUGCAAUUGUGUGGCUAUAUGCCUAUCUGCUCACUGUUGGAGGGGCAUACAAUCAUGCUGCCCCUAAAACACAAGCAACUUGCCGUACUGAUCGUGCUGGUUUAAUAGAAUCUGCCCCAUGGAUACAUGUUCCAUAUCCAUUUCAAUGGGGAGCCCCUACAUUUGAUGCAGGUGAAGCAUUUGCCAUGAUGAUGGCAUCCUUUGUUUCUCUCGUAGAGUCCAGUGGUGCUUUUAUUGCUGUCUAUCGGUAUGCAAGUGCAACACCGUUACCACCAUCUAUUCUUAGUCGCGGAAUCGGUUGGCAGGGAGUUGCCAUUUUGUUAUCGGGAUUGUUUGGAACGGGAAGUGGAUCCUCUGUAUCAGUAGAAAACGCUGGUCUUUUGGCUUUAACACGAGUAGGCAGCCGAAGGGUGGUGCAGAUAUCGGCUGGUUUUAUGAUUUUCUUUUCAAUUCUUGGUAAAUUUGGAGCUGUUUUUGCAUCCAUUCCACCUUCUAUUGUUGCUGCACUGUACUGCUUGUUCUUCGCUUAUGUUGGAGCGGGAGGUCUAAGUUUUCUUCAAUUUUGCAACCUCAACAGUUUUAGAACAAUUUUUGUACUAGGCUUCUCCAUCUUCAUUGGUCUGUCUGUGUCACAGUACUUCAAUGAAUACACAGUAAUUAAUGGUUAUGGUCCAGUUAACACCAAAGCAAGAUGGUUCAAUGAUAUAAUCAAUGUCCCAUUCCAAUCAAAAGCAUUUGUUGCGGGUUGCAUGGCGUAUUUCCUUGAUAACACAAUACAUAAGAAGGAUGGUGCUAUUCGGAAAGACAGAGGAAAACAUUGGUGGGACAAGUACCGCUCCUUCAAGACUGACACAAGAAGUGAGGAGUUUUAUUCACUGCCUUUCAACCUAAACAAAUACUUCCCAUCUGUGUAACUGUGUAGCUGAACCAGAGUCUCUGAAAGGUCGUAAUUUAACUUGGGAUCUUGUUACAGGUUAUAGUUAUAUGAAGUCCUCUUUUGCUAUAGAAUAUUCUAAAACAUUUCUUCUAUUGCUUUUCAUUCUGUAAAUGCUGAAUUGGCAAAGUGGAUUCACUGUAGUAAAAUGCACACCUUAUUUAUCUUUCAUUAUGUAUCUUCACUUUUAA